AUGGACAGCGGCAUUCGUCCUUUUAAUCAGGCUUCCUGGGCAAUCAGCCCCAAAGCGAGAUCAUUUGUGGUCCAGGAAUCCCCUUAUAACCCCCCAGGCCCAAACGAGGUUCUGGUGAAGAACUCAGCUGUUGCCAUCAACCCCAUUGAUUUCAUGGUUCAAGAUGACGCUUUCCUGGAUUACUUGCAAUAUCCCCACAUCUUGGGGUGUGAUGUUGCCGGUGAAAUCGUUGAGAUAGGAAGUGAGGUCAAGCGAUUUGUUGUAGGCCAGAGGAUAAUUGGGUAUGGCUUUCCAUACCUCGCUGCAAAGUCUACGGCUGACCAGAUUCGCGGGAACUUUAGUCAUGGAUUUGGGUUAGACAGCGGAAAGGCAAAGCAUGGAGCUUUUCAAAAUUAUACUGUUUGCUUGGCUACAUUGAGCCCCCCGUCGACAAAGCCUCGUUCAACUGGCAAAACUAUCCUUAUCUGGGGAGGAGCAUCUAGUGUGGGCAGCUGUGCCAUUCAACUAGCAAGGGACUCAGGAUACGAGGUCUUCACUACGGCCAGCCCACACAAUCACGCUCUUUGCUCUGCUUGGGGCGCUGCAAUGGUAUUUGACUACCAAAAAGAAUCUGUUAUUGAUGAGAUUAUCGAUGCGCUCCGUGAAAAGCAGGUCGUGGGAUUCUUCGACGCAAUAUCGAAGAGCUACACUAUCCAGGCGUGCGUCGAUAUCAUAAAACGCAUGCAGCUUAACACAAAGGUCAUUACGACCAAUCCAAUACCAGGAAACGUGAGAUUGGAGGGUGUAGUAUCUGAACCAGUCCUGGGAGGGGAUAUUGCAGGCAAUCCAGUAGGGAAGAUGCUGUACGAAGAUUAUCUGCCGAUGGCCCUGCAGCAGAAAACCUUCAAGCCAUGCCCAGAUCCGUUGAUUAUUGGUCAUGGCCUGGAGGCUAUUCAGGCAGGAGUUGACAGAGUCAAACAGGGAGUUAGCUCCCAGAAAGUUGUCGUUACUUUAGGAGCUUAG